AACACACAUGGAAGAACUUAAAGAAUAUACAAAUGACGUUUUAUACGAAAACUAUCGUUCAGAAAAACUUGUGUCCACUGGAGUACAGCAAGAUCAAAGUGUAUUCAAAGAAGUAAAUCCACUUGCUAAGAUGGAAGAAGAACGACAACUUCAUGAAGCCAAAUUAGCAAAGAUGGAAACAGAAAUGAAAACGGUAUUCCAACAAAAGGUUCAAGAAAAGGAGGCCAAAUUGAAACAAUCUGAAGAAGAAUUAUAUUCUCGUCAUAAAGAUAUGAAGGACGCAUUGGAGAAACAACGUUUAGAAUUAGAAGAAAAGAAGAAACGGCUAGAAUCUGGCAGACCAAUUACUCCAGAAAAAGCAAAGAAAAAAGGAUUAUUUAAUACUAAAUGA